AUGUCCUGGUUUCAGAAACAAUUCACCCUCCCCUCCCGCGCUCGCGGCAGCUAUCUGAUUACUGAUACCGUCGUCAAAGAGCUCCCCGAGAUCAGGAACUACAAAGUCGGGCUCCUCACCCUGUUCAUCCAACAUACCUCGUGCGCGCUCUCGCUCAACGAAAAUUAUGAUCCGACUGUGCGAAUCGAUAUGAGUAAUGCGCUCGAUCGUAUUGCCCCGAAGGAUAAGGUGGGGAAUCUAUACAAACAUAACGAUGAGGGAGAUGAUGAUAUGCCGGCUCACAUAAAAUCAGCCCUUAUCGGGGCAAGUGUAACAAUCCCGAUUUCCAACGGUCGACUUGCGACGGGCACAUGGCAGGGGAUUUGGUACUUGGAGUUUAGGGACAGUUUGCAUUCAAGGAGAGUAGUUGCGACGAUUCAAGGGGAAACUGCGUGA